GGGUUUGCGGGGCGGGCUCCCGGAGGAUGGAGCAUUGAGGCAGUCUGGGCGGCUGCUGGCAGCGCCAUGGAGACCGUGCAACUGAGGAACCCACCGCGCAGGCAGCUGAAAAAGUUGGAUGAAGAUAGUUUAACGAAACAGCCAGAAGAAGUGUUUGAUGUCUUAGAGAAACUUGGAGAAGGGUCUUAUGGCAGCGUGUACAAGGCGAUUCACAAAGAGACCGGCCAGAUUGUCGCCAUCAAGCAGGUGCCCGUGGAGUCGGACCUGCAGGAGAUAAUCAAGGAAAUCUCAAUAAUGCAGCAGUGUGACAGCCCGCAUGUCGUCAAAUACUAUGGCAGCUACUUUAAGAACACGGACCUGUGGAUUGUUAUGGAGUACUGUGGGGCUGGUUCUGUAUCCGAUAUCAUUCGGCUCCGAAACAAGACGUUAACAGAAGAUGAAAUAGCUACAAUAUUACAAUCAACUCUUAAAGGACUAGAAUACCUUCAUUUUAUGAGAAAAAUACACCGAGAUAUCAAGGCGGGAAAUAUUUUGCUAAACACAGAAGGCCAUGCAAAGCUUGCAGACUUUGGAGUCGCAGGCCAACUUACAGAUACCAUGGCAAAGAGGAAUACAGUGAUAGGGACACCGUUUUGGAUGGCUCCUGAAGUUAUUCAGGAAAUCGGGUACAACUGUGUGGCAGACAUUUGGUCUCUGGGAAUCACGGCCAUAGAAAUGGCUGAAGGAAAGCCCCCGUAUGCUGACAUCCAUCCAAUGAGGGCAAUAUUCAUGAUUCCUACAAACCCUCCUCCCACAUUCCGUAAGCCCGAGGUGUGGUCGGACAACUUCAUGGAUUUCGUGAAGCAGUGUCUGGUAAAAAGCCCGGAGCAGAGAGCCACAGCCACCCAGCUCCUCCAGCACCCGUUCGUUAAGAGCGCCAAGGGAGCAGCCAUACUGCGAGACUUAAUUAACGAGGCCAUGGACGUGAAACUGAAGCGCCAGGAAGCCCAGCAGCGGGCAGUGGACCAGGACGACGAUGAGAACUCAGAGGAGGAUGAAAUGGACUCCGGCACGAUGGUUCGAGCUGCGGGUGAUGACAUGGGCACUGUCCGAGUAGCCAGCACGAUGAGCGGCGGAGCCAAUACUAUGAUUGAGCACGGUGACACAUUGCCAUCCCAGCUGGGCACCAUGGUGAUCAACACGGAGGAUGAGGAAGAGGAAGGAACCAUGAAAAGGAGAGACGAGACCAUGCAGCCUGCAAAACCAUCUUUUCUUGAAUACUUUGAACAAAAAGAAAAGGAAAAUCAGAUCAACAGCUUUGGCAAGAAUGUAUCUGGCUCUCUGAAGAAUUCUUCAGAUUGGAAAAUACCUCAGGAUGGAGACUAUGAGUUUCUGAAGAGCUGGACCGUGGAGGACCUUCAGAAGAGGCUCUCUGCCCUCGACCCCAUGAUGGAGCAGGAGAUGGAAGAGAUCCGGCAGAAAUACCGCUCCAAGCGGCAGCCAAUCCUGGAUGCCAUCGAAGCCAAGAAGAGGAGGCAACAGAACUUCUGAUGACACCAGCCCAGCCUUUGGUGGCUUCUGGGUUGCUAGACUCAUGUCUGUUAGCCAGCACUUCUGCUCUGUCAUUUAUCCACAGCACCUUUGUGAACUCAGGAAUGUACGCCAGUGGGAAGGGCUACUUGACAGUCAUUGUGCCAUUUGGUGUGAGCAUUUACACCGGCAAGGUGUAUCUUGAAGGGUUUGUAUUGGUGCUUUUCACUCAGAAUUUUAGACCCCAGGAGCAGAGACUCCUAGUUCGGUGACAGCUGGGACAUUUUUUUUUUACAUUGUUUCUUUUGUUUUCCUCCUAGUAAUAGCUUUUUGGUUGCUCGCCCUGGAAUACUUUUUAAAAAUCUAUAAAUAUGCAUAUAUAUAAAUUAUAAAUAGACCCCCCAUUCCGUGUGGGGGUAUCUCUGUACAGGUACAGUUUCAAACACUUUGCCUCUUUCAUGUGAGAUUAUGGUACUGUGCAGCAAGAGAGCAGAGGACACUGGGAGACUUAGCUUGUCACUGAACCCCAGGAGUCAGCUUCAUCUGUUACAGAGCUGCAUGGAGAAAUUAGUCUUGGGAUGGAUGUGCUACCACAGUGACAAGCCUCGUGUGGUCACCACUGGUCUCCAGAGCUGUCGGUGGCCGGGAAAAAGCCUGGAGAACUUGAGUUGGCUCCUUGAGUCCCAGGAGAAGCCUUUGCUCUCCCAACGCCUUUCAUGCAUCCCCACCCUCCCAGCUGCCUGCAGUCACACCUCAGAUCCUGCCCAGUGCCUUAAGAGGAGACACAUCUGUGAAAGGACAGGCAACCAAGAACUCUCCAGCAAACGGGGCCCUCAGCAGUCCAGAAACCUCGCUGUUGACGGGGACUCACACAUGGCAUUCCGUUCUUCAUUCCUUCGAUACAGGGUAAAGGGCACUGCUUUCAUGGUCCACAUUCAAAUACGUGGUUGUUUAUUUUAUUUUAUUUUUUUCACUCACUGUGGAGGCUGUGACAAGGGUAAAUUAAUGCCAGACUGAGGCUCACUCAGAAUGGCAGAGCUGGAAGGGCCUGUGGCAGUCAUUGGGUCCGACCUUGUAUUGUCCCAGUGGGAAAAUGAGACUUGGAGGAGAGGUGACUUUGUCAAUGUCACAAAUCAAGUUAGAGCAGGGAUGAGAAUUCAGAGCCUUUGUGCUGGGCCACUGGACCAAGAGCCUCUUCACUGAAGCUUCCAUUGUAGACCAGGUUGGCCCAGGAACCCCUGCUCGCUCUUUGCCUCUUUGGUACCCAAACUGCUGUGGAAAGGCUCCCCAGGGCAGCCAUGUCAUUCUGCCUCAGCGGGUCCCUUACGGUGUCUCCCAGCUACAGGCAGGCACUCACGGAAGGCCUGCAGGCGGGGUGGAGGGCUUUGCAAAAGACAGUUACAGAGUCCUCUCUGCGCCCUUAGCUCAAAACUGCAGCCAGAAGGAACUGGGAAGGCAGUGCCUUUUAUUUCUUCCCCUUUCGUCCCUCUGAUGGGGCUGCACCUGAGGACACGGAAACUCGACUCCUUUAAUUGCCUUUGCUCCCUAACCGGAGAGUCGAUAAAAAGGCAGGGGAUGUUCUGUUCUGUGACCAGACUCUGUUCUUUGCAGUUAAAGCAAGCUUUAAAAAAUGCAAGAGCAGCUGGUCUGCAGGACGCAGCCAGCAAAGCAACUGUGCGACAGAGAGAGGAUUAGAGGACCGUUCGAGGAUAUUGCUGGGAUGAUAAAUGGCGGCCAGCACUCUGGGUAGCAGGCGGCAGGCACUGAGCAAGGCAUUCUACAGAUUUCAUCGGGGUCCCCUGUGCUCGCUAACUAAGUUCUUUCUCAUAUGAUGAAAUUGAGUUUGAAAGAUUCCUCCCCA